AUGAGAUCUCAUACAAGAUCUAGAACAUCAGAUGCUUACCUUCUCGCUAAAUUACAUAAGCUGAAUCAACCUGUAAGACCAAGUAUCUGUAGUUUCAAUUCAUAUAAUUAUAAUACAGCUAAAUAUUUAGCCAAAUUAUUAGCAUUUGCUAUAACUUGCAAUAAAUCUUAUAUCAAAGAUUCAUUUGAACUUCCGGAGAAAAUUAAACGAUAUAAAACAACACCUAAAUUAAUGUGUUCAUUUGAUUAUGAUAAUCCAACAUCAUUGCAGUAUGAUUGUCUUGACUACUAUGUUGAAGAAGAUAUUGUUUCAUACAAUAAUCCGGAACCACUGGCCUAUCAACUGAUUGCCUACUGUAUACGGUUAGAAAAUCGAAGUGAACUCUCAAAAACUCUUCCGGCCAAACAUUUAAUCAAAGGACGUAGUUUUAAUUUUAUUGAUCUUAAUAAUCAAAACAUAACUGGAGAACAAUUGCUUGAUUGGGCAGCAACCAUUGAACUCGUUGAGCGCUAUGAAGCCUAUUUAGUUGGUGAUUCAACAGCAAAUGGAUCCGAUCUUUAUUAUAAUUGUACAAAUGAUUGGUUUGGCAAUGCUUGUGAAUAUUCAUUUUAUCAAGCAAAAGACAAAAGAACAUUAAUAGACGUUGUCUAUUAUACGUUUAAUGAGAAAGAAUUUGCUUCACCCGAACAUGUUUCGUGUUACAAACUGUUGGAGUGUAAACGUGGUCCAUCAGCACUUUGUCUCGAUUGGCGUGAAAUUUGUGAUGGAAAAAUCUAUUGUCUUAACACUGGAAUAGACGAAGAAAACUGUUGGCAACUUGAAAAUUCUAAUGCAUUUAUAAACAGUAAAAAUGAAUUUCUGUGUCAUAAUGGAAUGCAAAGUAUUUCAAGAAGUUUUUAUCGGAAUGGUCUCUAUAAUCCAGAUUGUAUAGAUCGAACUGAUGAAGCACAUAAUGUGGAAUAUUGGGAAAAUUGUUUUCGAGAUCCUGCAUUUCGAUGCGAAGAACAUACAUGUCAUCCUGGACUAGGUGAAGCAAGAUUGAAUUGUGGUGACGGAGAGUGUGUGGAUGACUUGCAUAAAUGUACAAAUCAGCGUGGUGUGAUCAAUACAGCUGAAUGGGCAUUGCUAGAUAUUUCGGAAUUAUGCUGGAAUGGAAUGGUGUGCCUAACAAAAAUGAAGAAAUAUAUUGGUGAUGAAACGUGUGGUUUAUAUUGUUAUGGUGAAUGUGCAAUCAAUGUUAAGAUUGAUUGCAAACCAAUUUUUCGUUUUCCAACUGACUUUAUCGCAUUAAAUCAUGUCUUCUUGCUCUAUAUGAAGGAGAGGGCAGAUGAAGAAAACGAAAGAAUUUUACCAUCUUACAUUUGUUACGAUCCCCAGCAAUGCAGUAUUGCACUUCCUUCCGUGAAUAUGAGUCUUGUUCAACAUAAAAGUUCAUGUGUUAAUUUUGAGAAAUUCGGCUUUCAAUAUGAAUAUCAGCCUACUUUAUUAGAACUUAUCGUAAUGAUCGAACACUAUUUUAUUAGUGAAUGUGCAACUACAAGUACUAGUCAGUGUCAUGAUGUAAGCCUUUAUCAAUGUAUCAAUUCAUCGAAAUGCAUUUCGAAACGUCGUCUUGUUGAUGGUAUUCAAGAUUGUAUAAGUAACGAUGAUGAAUUAUUUGCUGAUAGUUGUUUAUUGAAUGAUACAUUUCGUUUUCAAUGUUCAGAAAAAGAAAAUAAAUGUAUUUCACCUAUUCUUAUCAAUGAUGGUCGAUCAAACUGUGAAUUCGAUGAAGAUGAAAAAAAACAACGAUGUCUUUGUCCACCGAGUUAUUACGGCCAUUUAUGUCAAUAUCAAAAUCAACGAGUUAGUCUCACAUUAAAAAUUGUAAAUGAUGCUGAUUGGCGAACAGUGUUCAAUAUUGUCACUAUGUUAAUCGAUAAUGAAGGUACAAUUCAAUCUCAUGAUCAAAUACUUUAUGUACAAAAAUUUGAUUGUAAUCUAGUUAAUUUCAACAUUUAUCUUCUUUAUCGUUCACGACCAAAGGAUAUUAUGAAGAAUUACAGUAUUCAAAUACAUGUUUAUGAUAAGCAAACUUUAGAAUAUCGUGGUAGUUGGUUAUUUCCUUUGGUAUAUACAUUUCUUCCCGUUCAUCGUAUGGCAAUAGAAAUAACUAUUUCAUCCUAUCGACCAUUACGAUGUUCGUUUGCAUGUAAUCAUCAUGGUGAAUGCGUCAAAUAUAUUAAUCACAAUGAUGAAAAUUCAUUAUAUUACUGUCGAUGUAAUCCUGGAUGGUCAGGUAAAGAUUGCACAAUUAAACAUGAUACAUGCAAUCUUUGUGCUCGUGAUUCAUUGUGUAUGUAUCCAAAUAUUUGUGUUUGUCCUCUUGGUAAAGAGGGACCUCGAUGUUAUCUUAAAUCGACUACAUGUUCAUCACCAUUAGGCCGUUGUCAAAAUGGUGGUUUGUGUAUACCAUCGGAUAUGCGUCGAAGAAAAAAUUAUAUCUAUUGUUUAUGCCCAGAAGGCUUUUCCAAUGGAAUAUGUAGCGAAUUAGACCUAAAAAUUCGAAUAGAAUUUCAUUCAAACAUUGAAAUUCCACAAUCGACUAUUAUUUAUUUAAUUCAAAAUACGAUAAUGACGACUAAUAAACCUGUUUCAAUAUAUAAAAAGAUUUCCUUUGAUCAAAAUUCAAUUAGUUUUUAUACACCAAAUCGUUUCUUUCUAGCAUUCAUGGCACUAUCUAUAAAUGAAUACUAUUUGACCUAUACAAUUCAUGACAAUAAUCCAUUGAUGAAUGAAAACAAUCGAAGCACAAUCUUAAUGAGAGUUCAAUUAGAUCGACGUUGUCGACACGUUCGUGAAUUACUGAAUAGAACAUUGAUGUCUCUUCCUCUUCUUCGACGUAUUAAAUAUUAUCAAUUACCAUGUAAACAACGAUGGAAUUUAGCUUGUUUUUAUGAUGAAAAAUAUAUGUGUUAUUGUAUGAAUAGAAAUGAAAGUCGCGAAGCACAAUGUUUCACAAUGGGUCACAAUGAAAUGAAUUCAUGUCACGGAAUAAGUAAUGGUGGCUGUCUUAAUGGAGCUCGAUGUUUUCAGGAUCAAUUAAUCUGUCCGACAAUGGUUACGUGUGUUUGUGCAGAAUGUUUUUAUGGAAAACAUUGUCAAUUUACUACGCAAGGCUUUGGUCUUUCACUCGAUGCUAUUCUUGGCUAUCAAAUUCAAUCAAAUGUUUCGUUUCUACGUCAACCACUAGUUAUUAAAAAGAAACAUGCUUCUUAUCCUAUUUUGGUGAAAGCUACUGCUUGUGUUUUAGCUGUACCAGCUGCCAGUGCAGCAGUUGAACGCGAGUUCAGCUUUACUGAUAAUACUAUUACACAAAAGCGCUCAAAAUUGCCACCAGAUUCAGGGAAUGAUAUUGUUUUCAAUCAUUAA